AGCAAAUAAAAGGAAAAAUAGAACACUGUCCUGACCACAAGUGGGUUUGUUUGUAAAUUGGGCAUGGCUGCCUGGUUUGGUAAUGCUAGUGAGUAACGAGUAGAGUAGAGUGAGGCAAUGAGAACUCAUAAGGGAAGCAACAGCAGCAGCAGCAAUAGGCGACCCACCACCGUCCUCUACCUGGUUUGCGCUGCCGCUUUCUUCUCUCUUGUCGUCUUCGCCAUCCAAUCCUCUUUUUUCGCUCAAUCCUCUUCCUCUUCUGUUAAAUUAGAUCUCAAUACUGAGCAAGAUAUUCGCACUUUGUCCCAAUUCCAGUCUUCUGUCCAGCAAUGCGUGGCAAACAGAGGGCUUGGUCUCACUGCAGAUAUCAUCGACCACUGCAAUUUGAUUCUCAAGUAUCCACCCGGAACCAACAGCACCUGGUACAAUGCGCAGUUUAAAGUUUUCGAACCAUUACAGUACAAGUUUAAUGUUUGUGAAGCUGUCUUACUAUGGGAGCAGUACCGUAACAUGACUACAGUAUUGACAAGGGAGUAUCUAGAUGUUCGGCCUAAAGGAUGGGAGGAGUAUGCGCCUAAGAGGAUAGCACAACUGGGAACGGAUAAAUGCUACAAUAAGACAAUUUGUGAGGAACAUCUUAAUUUGUUACUGCCGGCCAAGCCACCUUUCCAUCCUCGCCAAUUUCGAACAUGUGCAGUUGUUGGAAACUCAGGAGAUCUUUUGAAGACAGAGUUCGGAAAGGAAAUUGAUGCCCAUGAUGCUGUAAUAAGAGACAAUGAGGCUCCUGUUAAUGAGAAAUAUGCCAAGUAUGUUGGUCUCAAGAGGGAUUUUCGCCUUGUUGUGAGGGGUGCUGCUCGUAACAUGGUUUCCAUUCUAAAUGGGUCCGAUGACGAGGUACUUAUAAUCAAGAGUGUCACACAUAAAGACUUCAAUGCAAUGAUCAAGAGUAUUCCAAAUCCAGUGUAUCUGUUUCAAGGUAUUGUGCUUCGCAGAGGUGCCAAAGGAACUGGAAUGAAAUCCAUAGAACUAGCACUAUCUAUGUGUGACAUUGUUGACAUGUACGGUUUCACUGUUGAUCCUGGCUAUACUGAAUGGACACGUUACUUCUCUACACCUAGGCAGGGGCACAAUCCACUUCAAGGAAGGGCGUACUACCAGCUCCUAGAGUGCCUUGGUGUGAUCAGAAUUCAUUCUCCGAUGAGAUCUAAAAGGAAGCAAGGCUGGUCAGAUAUACCUACCCGAGAAAUGAUAGGCAGAGCUCAUGCAGCAGCCUUGCGUUUAAAGAGGGGGCAAGAUGGUGAUUUGGGACAGUUUGGUAGUUGUAAGGUGACGGGUACUGUCGACCCUGACAAAAUUGGGCCUAUCUCAGGAUCUGCAGACAUGAGUGAUGUAAGAAAGUCUUCCAAUUACAGUAAAUGGGAAGUCUUGCCCUUCGAAAGUCUGAGGAAGGAAGCACAGGACCAUUAUAUUCAAAUGGAAGGUGUCUCCCUAUACAAAAUGGAUGGCAACAAGUUAGAUGAUCUAGUGUGUGUGAGGCAUUCUUCAAAAUCAGAGGUCUAGUGAGCACUUUAUUUGUUGAUUCUUUUUGGUCUCAUGGGACUUGUCGGUCGAUACGCAGCCAACCAAACCGUGUAUCUCAGUUUUGAUCUUCUCAGUCAGGUGAUGUUCCUUAUGUGCUAUAAUCACGUCUGUGGCACAGGAGGAUACCCGACUUGGAUUUCUCAGAACAGAAUAAUGGAAUUAUACGGAUAGGCUUGUAACGUAUGUCGGAAAAGUAAUGUUUGUGGUAGAUAUUCUUUCAGCACAUACCGGGAACAGAAUUGUAGAUGUUGAAACUUUGCAGUUGGAUUUGUACGUGGUUUUAGGGGGCUGCUUCUAUUGCGGACCACUAUGUUGCGG